AACCAGGGUUGGAAAUCUUAAUCUUAAUCUUAAUAAAUCGAUUUCUAAUUCAGUUUCACGUCAGCGAGCUAACAGCUACACAAGGUAGCACCUACAGAUUAGCUUUAGCCUAGCCAGCCACGGUGUCUCCUCCCCGGACAGUUUGGCCACCAAACAGCUGGAUACGGGGACGCUAUUGUCGCUAUUGCAUGGUGGUUGUUAAAGUUGAUGCUAUGUGCCCCCCCCAAAAAAAAAAAAAAACAGUGAGUGUUGUUAUUCCUGUUUGAUAGGUAGCUAACCGCGGCUAGCUAGUGUGUGAGGCUGUAGGACUGUAGUAACGGUGUUACAGCUCAAUGUCACCGGGUCUAGAUUAGCUUUUAUCAAUCAACGAUCUGUCUAUCAUUGUGCACAAAGCCACUGUGGUCUGUGGGUUGUUUUUAAGUGGAUAAGUCAUCCUAAUAUCAACACAACAAUAUCCUGUUCGGGCUCAUGUACGUGAGGAAAGACUUCAGGAUGGGAUGAAAUGCGAAGGAAUUCUGUUCCCUGUAAAAGCCUGGGAACCGGUUUGCUGCAGCAAAGUAUGAGGAGGAGUCACAAUAUCCCAGGUUUCAAUGGUGUUGGCUUGAUGGGAUCCAAGCGGGCAACAAAGUGAUGGUCUAAGGACUCCAAGUCACAGAGGUGCUCGCGCGUGGAAUGUUGCGCUGGUCUGUGCACCUAGAAGGAGGGCCGCGGAGAGUCAACCAUGCUGCUGUGGCGGUGGGGCACAAGGUGUACUCCUUUGGAGGCUACUGCUCCGGGGAGGACUACGAGACACUCCGUCAGAUUGACGUGCAUGUCUUCAACACAGUGUCUUUGCGCUGGAUGAAGUUGCCUCCAGUGAGGACGGGAGGACAUGAACGUGUCCGUGAAGUGCCAUAUAUGCGUUAUGGCCACACAGCUGUGCUGCUGGAUGAUAUUAUCUACCUCUGGGGUGGGCGUAACGACACAGAGGGGGCCUGCAAUGUGCUUUAUGCCUUUGAUAUCAACUCCCACAGAUGGUUCACACCCAAGAUUUCGGGGACUGUUCCAGGGGCAAGGGAUGGCCACUCGUCCUGCGUCCUGUGGAAGUCGAUGUAUAUAUUUGGAGGAUAUGAGCAGCUGGCGGACUGCUUUUCAAAUGAUAUCCACAAGCUGGACACCACCACCAUGGUUUGGUCAUUAAUUAAUGCCAGAGGCACUCCGGCACGCUGGAGAGACUUCCACUCAGCCACCAUCAUCGGGACAAAGAUGUUUGUGUUUGGAGGGCGAGCGGACCGCUUUGGUCCCUUCCACUCCAACAAUGAGAUCUACUGCAACAAGAUCAAAGUGUUCGACACAGAGACCAACUGCUGGCUGAACACCCCUUCAACACAACCAUUGCCAGAGGGACGCAGGAGUCAUUCAGCCUUUUCCUACAAUGGGGAGUUGUAUAUAUUUGGGGGAUACAAUGCCCGCCUGGACCGGCACUUCAACGACCUCUGGAAAUUCAAUCCAGAAGCCUUUUCCUGGGAGAAGGUAGAACCGAAGGGGAAAGGCCCAUGUCCACGGAGACGGCAGUGCUGUUGUAUGGUUGGAGAUCGAAUCAUCCUCUUUGGAGGAACCAGCCCCUGUCCAGAGCAAGGAAUGGGUGAUGAAUUUAACCUCAUGGAUCAUUCAGACCUGUAUAUCUUAGACUUCAGCCCUAAUUUGAAGACGUUAUGCAAAAUAGCUGUUAUUCAGUACAGUCUGGAGCAGUCAGGACUCCCACAUGAUAUCAGAUGGGAACUUGCCGCCAUGACCACCAACAGCAACAUCAGCAGGCCCAUCUUCUCCUCACACGGUUGACACAGCUGAAUGUGAAGCAGAACCAGAACUCCUCGCUCUGUUUCAGGACACUAGGCUUUUAUCUUUCUAAUCAACCGAGCUCCGGCGGACUGGUUUUUGUAGAGUUUGGAUCUGUAUCGGAUUUAUUUUCCACAAUCGUCAAGUGAAAACUCAUCACCGACCAAACUAUCCUGCGCGUGACUUCCUUGGACACCGUGAGCUUUCUCUUGUCAAAGGAUGUUUUAACCCUUAAGACACUGGUUACAUGAGACAGAAAUUGUUGACACCUUUUUUCUCUUCUUUCUAGUCUCUCUAGAAAUCCAAUCAGCCUAUGAUAAUCAUAGACUUCUAAUCUUAAGCACAGGAAGGGACAAGAACUUCAGCCAAAGGUCUUGAGAGCUAACCUCUUUUGUUGAGGAUGUCACCCUGAUGUCACACUCAACAGAUAUGAACCUUCUGUUACAGAUACGAAGAGACUGAUGGUCAUGAGUUUGUAUAUCUCGCAGCUCUAACAUGGUCAUAAAACCAUGUAAAAACUACCAUGUCCAUUAGCAGCAUAUUAAGUUAUGUACACAGUAUACGGAGUGGAUGGGGUUAAUUUAUAACUUUGGUGUUAAAUGCAAGGAGACGGCGUAUUGCGGUACAAGAUAUUUAGGGAUGUUAUGCUUGUGAAAGGUUCUGUUUGACUGGCUUUCGAUGCUUACCCUUCUCUCCACUUCACCAUAACUUGGCUAGCACCCCACUGCUCUUAAGUGUCUCGAAGGUGAUUUCAAGGCGACUGAAGCAAGCUGCCUGUCCACCUUGUAAAAUAAUCAAGUCCAUCUACCUCCCUCAAUAGCAUGUCUCAUUGAGUCGUUAGAAAGACUUCCCAUACAUUGGACAUCUACUUUCCCACUAGAAGAAAAAACAAAAACAAAGCCUUUUCACAGGGAAGUUUGUAUUUGUGGUUGUCUGUUGUAUUCUUCCGUAGCGCCACAGGAAGAGUGAGACUCACCCGCCACCCCAACCUACCUUUACCCUGCAGUUUGUUUUUCAGUGCCAAAUGUAGAAGGGAAUCACGAUGCAAAUAUAUACUGUGUAUGUGUGUAAGCACGUGGUCCCGUCUACACGUAAUCCCAGCCCACCCCGCUUCGGUUUGCCUGUUGUUGUGGGGGAGAUCAUCACAAAUAUGCAUAAUGUAGUUGUUUCCUCUUAUAGACAAUCCUACAGCGUUCAGAGACUCUUCCUCGUGACCUGCUCAUCCAGAGUGCAGUGAAAACCCAGGAAAGUGUGGAUGUGUUUGUGUAUGACCUCGAGCAAAGCUACUCCUGAGCAGAUGUUGGAAAAGCAUAAGGGCUGUUUAUUAGAUUACACACUCACCAAACAGCUUAAAGUUUAGUUGGAAUAGCUCAAAUUGGGGAUGUUUAUUCAGGUUGUGUGGUUUUAUUUUAUGAAUACUAAUUGAACAUUUUAGAACAAAACUUUGAAAUCACACCAGUGGUGGUGGUCUUUUUUUAAACCUUUUAUCUCCACCCACUUAAAGGUAAAGCAUAAGGUUGGUGAUAUUCUGUAUUUUUUUUUUUUUAUGUAGUCAACAAAUUAUAUAAAAAGACCAAAACCUACAAUUUGUUUUGUCUACACUAACCUACCUUAAAACAGCCGGGCACUGUAGUUUUUAACAAUUGUUACUGUAACAGGAGCAAAUAGAGAUUUUGUUGGGUACUUUUGUCAGUCGUAGAUUUGGUUAUUUGAGUCCUUACAGCAGCAGGAGAGUGUAUUUUGGAUCGACUUAACUUUAAACUAAAGUGGCCAUGUUCCUAUCAUGAAACAUGUCACCCACUGCAUCGCUGUGGCUCAUUUAUGUAUUUUUUCAAAUAGUUUUUGGACAAAAGUGGAAGUCUGAGAGUAAGAUGCAUCAGGCUUUGGACACAGACAAUACUUGUUAGGUUGUUUUUUGUUUUUUUUAUGAGGUUUGUUGACAAAAAUACAAAAUAUCACUUAUCUUUUGAAUCCUAUAAAUGAGAAUAAUACGUAAUAUGGCAUGACAUUAAAAGUAAUGACUUGGUGAGGAUGAAUAUACUGGCAGAAGUUUUAUUUAUACUGCCUAUUUGUUUUGUUGUGAAUAGGAACUGUUUUACCACACACUUGUGAGCUGCAUCAAUGCUUUUCAGUCCUGGUCUUUGGGACCAUUUGUGCUGUUGUUUUCUGUCCUGCCAGAGAGUUCAAUUAAAUCCGUAUCAGUCCCCGAUUAGCUGGUUAGAAUGAAUCCCCGCAGGGCUCCAUGUCCCAAACAUCAGGAUUGGAUAACACUGACCUACACCAUAAAUGUUUACAAAAUCUGUGUAUUUCAUGUGAAGCAGUGUAAAACAAUCUUAAAUGCAGGUUAAAGUCACCAGAUAACUGCACUAAAGCCAAUCGUGGCAUGUCAGGCCUUACAGAGAGGAGACAUGUCGGUGCUGCUUUUUGCCUAGAGUUCCAGACUUUGAGACGUUUGCCUGCCCAAACCAAGUGUGAGUUUUAAUUACAGACCGGUGGUGCCAAUGUGACGCAGUCUUAUGCCCUCUACUCUGCACACACACACACACACACACACACACACACACACACACACACACACACGGACAUAUCAUAUACUUGAUAUUCCUCAGUACCCCAUUUACUUGGACUAUACAACAGUUAAUGCAGUGAAACCACAGGGAAGCUAAUUGUGUGUUCAAACCUACUUGUGAACAAAUCAAACUUUAUGUAACACCAAAUGGCCGUCGGCAAACUGAUGAUAUUUGUUUAUUUCUUUUUUUUUUUUCUAAUGUGUGGUGUGGAAGUCAUUCUUAUUUCAGGAUUUUCCUUUUCCUUUCCUUUUCUUGUUGCGUGUGAAGAUUAUGGGUGGUGGUAUUUUCAGUCAAGAACUUUUCAGGAAUAUGACAUGAAGUAAAUAUUAAGUAAAUGACAAUGUAGACACUAUGGUCAAAAAUAAAAUACCUGCACAACAAAUUUCCUCAGUGAUGACCACUCACUUACCUCCAGUAAGGCAAUGCUAAUGACAAGCGGUAGGGAUUUUGCCUAAAACAUAUUUGCAUUACAUUUUUAAUGGCAGUGAUGUAAAACUUCAGUUUCUGACGACCCUCUCUUAUUUCUCAUUUAACUUUGUAAGGCGGUUUUAGCAAAUAGUUGAUCAAACUUCACAGGGUGAAACCGUGUUUGUCAACCUUGAAAAACAAACAAAAACGCUUCUGGUCAAGAAAAGUGCAUUAAUAGAUUAUUAUAACUCAUUAUACAGUUUUCAGGGUGAGCAGUAAUUAUUAGCCAAGCAGAAGUUUGGGACCGGACUGAUUUCAUACCAAGAAGUGUAUUCUGUCUUCAGGGCUUACAGUAGAUGGUUGUAUUAUUCAUAAACAACAAUCAAUGCUUGGAAGGAAAAAACCCAGAACAAAGUAUGGAGUGUAUUUGGAUUCAUUUUACAACUGUGCAGGCUCCCUUUGCUCACUGUUUUUAUUUUAUAUUUUACACAUUUUUCAGAGGGGACUCUGUAUCCGUCAAGGUGGUCAGGACUUCCUGUGCAAUAUGCUUUAUAACUGUAUCAAUAAUAAAUCUGAGACAAUUUGA